AGUUUUCCAGAAGGCCACCAGAUGGACCCCUGCAGUGUGUGAACUGUGGGUGUCCAGUGAUGCUCCAUGUAAAAUUAAUGCAGGUGAGGCUCCGCGCAGACACGACCGGGCGUGUGUUCAAAAAGCCCAUCGCCGAAUUAGUAUUUGUCCGCGGGUCUACACCUGACCGACUCCCACCACCUCAGUUGUGUAACUUUCUCUGCUGGACACAGUUUUAAGUCGCCUCUUCGUACGGCCCCUUUAACUUCUGAGCCGAUUUCCAGAAAGCAACAACCUGUAACAGGCUCAGCGAUCCUCCCCCUGAUGGAUUAUUUAGCAGGCGCUCAGUCCCAUGUCGCCAUCUGCUAUAGGAAGAAAAACAGUGCGGGAAUAUUCUCUGAGGCACAUGAUGCGCGGCGGCGCAUAAACACGCUGAAUAAAAUCUAGUUUACUGGAGCACACAAACCGACACGUGUGCAACAGGUGUUCGGCAUCCUGAGAGAGAAGAAGAGGAUUAAUGAGCCACGCCGCCGGGUAAAAAGAUAGAGAGCAGGUCAGUCUGUCGCUCAGGUGAAGAACAAUAAUGGAGUGAGUUUUAUUUCAACAUGUGACGACGGCAGAUGAAACAUGCGUGUAAACGGGAGCAGAUCUUGUUUUUGACCGACUCGGGGGAUGUGGAGCGUUAACUGAGCUGUCCCACUCAGUGAACCGGGUGACUGAGACGAUCUGAGGCUUUGUGCAGACAAUGCUGAGCCUGUCCGAGCGGUGAACCGAUCAGAUCACACAACCACAGGAGGGAGUCGUCCAGUGCGCAGCGGUCAUGGUGGUGGAGGGGGACCGGACGCUGCUCGCCGCCAGGCAGGGGGACGUGCAGGCGCUCAAGGUGCAACUAGCGGCGAAGGCGCUCACCGGCGACGUCAGGGACGUGCUGGGGGCCACCCCGGUCCACCACGCAGCCCGGGCGGGGAGACUGGCCUGCCUGCGGUUCCUGGUGGAGGAGGCAGGGCUGCCGGGCAACUGCGUGGCGAACAACGGGGCGAGCCCGGCGCAUGACGCAGCAGCCACCGGCAACCUGGCCUGCCUGCAGUGGCUGCUGACCCAGGGUGGCUGUCGGCCGGAGCACAGGGACAGUUCUGGUGCCACCGUUCUCCACCUUUCGUCCCGCUUCAGUCACCACGAGGUCACUGACUGGCUGCUGAAGAGCGGCGAGGGGGACCCCGGGGCCUCCACCGAUACAGGCGCCCUACCUGUUCACUAUGCUGCUGCCAAGGGAGACCUGCCCUCUCUCCGACUGCUACUGGGGCACAGCCCAAAUGUUGUCAACUCCCAAACUAAGAAUGGUGCCACGCCGCUCUACCUGGCCUGCCAGGAGGGCCAUCUGGAGGUUGUCCAGUACCUGGCCAAGGAUUGUGGGGCAGAUCCGAGCAUCAGAGCCAACGACGGGAUGACGCCUCUGCAUGCUGCUGCCCAGAUGGGCCACAACACAGUCAUCGUCUGGCUGAUGAGCUUCACAGAGAUCAGCCUGACAGACAGGGAUAGUGAUGGGGCCACAGCCAUGCACUUUGCAGCCAGUCGGGGCCACGCAAAGGUGCUCAGCUGGCUGCUGCUGCACGGUGGAGAGAUCGUCACCGACAACUGGGGAGGGACCCCGCUUCACGACGCUGCAGAGAACGGGGAACUGGAGUGCUGUCAGAUCCUUGUGGUCAAUGGGGUGGACCUUGGCAUCAGUGACCAGGACGGCUUCACAGCAGCAGACCUGGCUGAAUACAACGGCCACUCCCAGUGUGCCAAGUAUCUGCGCACUGUGGAGAACAUGAGCGUGGAGCAUCGUGUUUUGUCGCGGGACCCCUCAACGGACCUCGAGUACAAGCAGCCUGACUCGGGCCUCUCGUCCCCAAACACCACCAUGCCCCCCGCUGGCCAGGCGGCACACUUUGAAAUCAAUUCACCAUCCAGCUCCCUGUCCAACUACGACUCAGCCAACUCCAGCCAGUCCAGCACCGGGGAGAAGAGGAGCAGCUUAACCACGUCACGGGGCCCGCCCACUCAGCUGAACACUGUUGCACACACAGGUGCAACGGAGUCGGCCAUUUCCGACAUGCAGGCCUAUAUGGACAUGUUAAACCCAGACAUUGGCACUGAUCCGCCAAAGAAGAGUGAGAUGCCUGCCGAUGCCGCCUCCAAGCCCCCGCCCCCACCGACCUAUCCACCCCCACUUCCCCCACAGACUCCCCCAGCGCCCCCUCCGCCUCCAAGCUACCCGGCGCCUCUGCCCCCCAAGGAGCCGUCGUCCGCCGAGUUCCUGAAGGUGAAAGGCAACUUGCGGCACGUGGAGCGCAAGAGCAGCAAGAGGGAGCUAACUCCAGGAGAAGGCCACGACAAACUGCGGCGUGUCGACUCAAACAGGAAGUCGAGGAGCUUCAGCAAGCAGCCCAGCACUGGGGACUAUUACAAGGCCCUGGGCAGCGACGCAGCCGAGCCCCGCGGCAGCAAAGGCAUGGCGCCCAACGAGGAGGGCUCCGUGUUAUUGGAGGAGCCUACCGAAAGCCCCGCCCACAGCUCGGAGAAUGGCACCACAGACGAAUCGAUCCCUCCCCCACCUCCUCCGCCUCCGCCCCCUCUUCCGCCGAGCAACCCGACGCCAACACCCCCUCCGCCUCCUCCGCUGCCCCCGGAGACGCCAGCCGCCCAGAAUCACUCUACCAGUUGCAGCUCCACCAACCAGCGACGCCCUUCAUCCUCAUCCGGAAGCACAAAAUCUUUCAACAUGAUGUCCCCCACCGGCGACAACUCGGAGCUGCUGGCAGAGAUCAAAGCAGGGAAGAGCCUCAAGCCCACACCUCACAGUAAAGGCUACACCACCGUGUUUUCCAGCGGCGGACCCAACAAUGGAAACACCGCAUCUCCACCAGACACGCGCACAUCCAGCCCACCACCAAAGCCGUCAUCCCCUCCACCAUCCAAUACGUCACCUUCGGUCACCUCCCCACCCACCACCCCUAGCCCCAGCCCCAGUCCAACUGGCUCAGGUUCCACCAGGACCAUGUCGAGCUCUGCGAGCAACGAGCAACUUUCCUCCAACUCUGUGAUCAACGGGAACAAUGGUGGCGGCGCAGGAGGAGCAGAUUCAGGGCGGAAGAUGUCCCUCGCAGACGUGGAGGCUCUAGUGCCCACUCAUGACGAACAGGGGAAAGCGAUCCCUGAAUGGAAGAGGCAGGUGAUGGUGCGAAAGCUUCAGGUCAAGAUGCAAGAGGAGGACGAGCACAAGCGCAAGGCCGAGGAGGAGGCUGCACGCCUGGCAUCGAUGCCGGCCUGGAGGAGAGACAUGAUGAAGAAGAAAAUGGACGAAGAGAGAUGUGACAGGGAACAAAAGAGAAAAGCUGAACAGGAGGCCAAGCAGGCCAAGGAGAUAGAAGAGAAGACGGAGCAGGAGCGACUACGGACCCUGGGCUACGACGAGACCAAGCUGGCACCCUGGCAGCGACAGAUCAUCCUGAAGAAAGGGGACAUAGCCAAACAGUGAACUUGGCCCUCUCCCCCUCCUUUGUCCCUCAGCACUCCCCCACCCCAAGGCCUUCACUGAGCACCUCUCCCUCCCUGAUCCUCCUCCCUGCACUGCACACUGGACAGUAGGGAAGAGCGUGUCCCCUCUCCAGGACCAUGCUGUGGUUCCGGCUGUGAGGCUCAACUCAUGUGAAACAGCAGUGAAACACCUCCAAUGAAAGUCUCAUGGACACAAACUUUUCGUCUCUUAGCGCUAACGAUAGCUGUGACAUGCACUGAUUUUCCUCGCUUAAGACAUCUGCUCUAAAUGCAUGUGUCCUUGACUAAAUUAAGAUUAUCUGUAGUAUCUGUAUAUUUGCUGCAAAUCCUCACUUUCCUGCAAAUCAAUAGAAGCUUUUUUUUCAUGUAGAUGAUUUACUCAGACAAAGACGUGUGAUAGAUGGAGGUUAUGGGGAAAAGCCUGUCACCACAUGUAUAUUUCCCCUUUAUUAGCCACAGUCACCAUUAUGUAAUGGAUGGAAAAGUAGCUCUGCAUCAGUUGUGUCAUCUAGUGAUGACAUGGACAUGCUCAAUAAAGACUUAUUAAAUCCUGAAGCAGCUAAUGCAUUCUGUAUGUAGUCGAUAUCACAUCUUUAUCAUGUUAUAUAACUAGUCAUGAGAUUUUUGUAUCGAGCAUAGAAGCACUUUCUGAAUGGCUUGGUUUUACUGCCAGAGUUGUAAUCCUAACACUGCUCACACUAAUCUGUUUCUUUAGAUAAGCUAGUUGUCAUUUCUCUGUGGAUCUGGAACAUUGAUAUCAAUGUAUAUCCUAUUUUAAAUAAUGUAAAGAUGAUCUAGCUGUGCAAAUUGAAUUUUAUUAAUCACCACUGGACGGAAGCUCCAAUGUUCCAGUUGAAUUUUUCUAUGUGUGACCUCAAUGUUGCGCUGUGGUGAUCAUGAAUGUGAAACGUUGUGUGCAUGUGUAAUGUGGUGAUGUAUCAUUAGGCACAUUCGAGCCCCAGAGGACCCAGGAUUUUCAGUAAAUAACAAAAAGAAAAACA